UGGGAACAUGGUGGCAGGCAUGGCAGGUCUAGUGAAACAGUUGAGAGCUGCAUCCUAAACCAUAGGCCAAGAGAAAGAGACUGACUAGGCCUGACAUAAAACUCUGAGACCUCAGAGUCCACCCCCAGUGAUGCACUUCCUUCAACAUAUUCCUCCCGAUCCUUCUAAUCCUUUCAAAGGGUUCCAUUCAAACUACCACAGAAGACAGUAAGCUCUCUAAGGUUCUUGUAUUUUUUUUUCCUGUUCUUACACAGCUCUGUGCUUGGAAUAAGUGCCAGACACAUCUGUGAGACACCCUUUGCUGCUGUGGCACGUAGAUGGGCGGUGAGCUCCCCGCACUGAACUUCUGCAGGAUCAUGGCCAAUCAACUUGGCCUUCUCAUAGGAGUGAUCUUCAUGGCCAGCCCCAUGUUGGGAAUGACUCCCUGUUCUUCUGAUGGCCGGAUAGCCUUAUUUCGCAUCUGUAACCUUACCCAGAUUCCCUGGGUCCUCAACACCACUGAAAGACUUCUGCUCAGCUUCAACUUCAUCAGUGUGGUCAAUGCCACAUCAUUUCCAUUCCUGGAGCAGCUCCAGCUGCUGGAGCUGGGGACCCAGUUCACACCCUUGACCAUUGGCCAGCAGGCCUUCAGAAACCUGCCCAAUCUUAGGAUCUUGGACCUGGGCCAAAACCAGAUUAAAGUCCUGAAUCCAGAUGCCUUUCAGAGACUGCCCCAUCUCUUGGAACUUCGCUUAUUUUACUGUGGCCUCUCCAGUGCUGUGUUAAGUGAUGGUUACUUCAGAAAUCUAAAUUCUUUAGUUCGCUUAGACCUCUCUGGCAACCAGAUUGACAGCCUUCAUCUCCAUUCUUCAUUUCAGAACUUGAAUUCCUUAAAAGCCAUAGAUUUUUCUUUCAAUCAAAUAUUCACUCUAUGUGAGGAUGAACUCAAGCCCCUGCAUGGCAAAACACUCUCUUUCUUUGGCCUCAAAUUAACUAGGCUGUUCAGCAGAGUCUCUGUGGACUGGGAGACAUGCCGGAACCCAUUCAGAGACAUGUGGCUAGAAACUCUCGAUCUCUCUGAAAAUGGCUGGACAGUGGCCAUCAUGGGGAACUUCAGCAAUGCCAUCCAGGGAAGCCAGGUUUCCUCUUUGAUUCUCAAGUACCAUAUUAUGGGUUCUGGCUUUGGCUUCCAGAACAUCAAGGACCCUGAGCAGAGCACAUUUGCUGGCCUGGCCAGGAGUUUAGUGCUCCAGCUGGAUCUUUCACAUGGAUACAUCUUCUCCUUGAAUCCCCGAGUGUUUGAGACACUGAAGGAUUUGAAGGUUCUGAACCUUGCCUUCAACAAAAUAAACAAGAUCGCAGAUAAUGCCUUUUAUGGACUUGACAGCCUCCAGAUUCUCAAUAUGUCAUAUAAUCUUCUGGGAGAACUCUAUAAUUCCAACUUCUACGGGCUUCCUAGGGUAGCCUACAUUGAUCUUCAAAAGAACCACAUUGGGAUCAUCCAAUACCAAACAUUCAGGUUCCUGGAAAAGUUGCAAACCUUGGAUCUCCGUGAUAAUGCUCUUAAAACCAUUAAUUUUAUUCCAAGCAUAGAGACUGUCCUUCUGGGUGGCAAUAAGCUGGUCAGCUUGCCACACAUUCGCUUUUCGGCCAACUUCAUCGAGUUAGCUGAAAACAGGCUAGAAGACCUAUCUGACCUCUACUUCCUGCUGCAAGUCUCCCAGCUCCAGUUUCUCAUCCUGAAUCAGAAUCGCCUUUCCUCAUGCAAGGCAGACCAUGCCCCUUCAGGGAACCCGAGCUUGAAACAGCUUUUCCUCACAGAAAACAUGCUGCAGCUAGCCUGGGAGACUGGGCUCUGUUGGAAUGUUUUUAAAGGCCUUUCCAGCCUCCAAACCCUUUUUCUGAAUAAUAACUACCUUAAUUUCCUUCCACCUGGAAUAUUUAGCGACUUGGUUGCAUUAAAGCGGCUCAGUCUUAGUGCUAACAGGCUGACUGCUCUCUCUCCUGGCAGUUUCCCUGCUAAUUUGGAGAUUCUUGAUAUAUCGAGAAAUGAGCUUUUCUCUCCUGAUCCUGGUUUGUUUUCUUCACUUCAUGCCUUGGACAUAACUCAUAAUAAGUUCGUCUGCGAUUGUGAGCUUAGCACGUUUAUCCUCUGGCUCGGCAAAACCAAUGUCACCCUGCGGGGUUCUCCUGCAGACAUACGCUGCAUGUACCCCGACUCGCUGCUAGGGGGCUCGCUCUACAACAUUUCCACCAAGGACUGCGAUGAAGAGGAAGCCUUGCUGGCCCUAAGGUUUUCCCUUUUCCUCCUGUGCACCAUCACUUCCAGUCUGUUCCUCGUCACCACCCUCAUAGUCAUGAAGUUCCGGGGGGCUUGUUUCCUGUGUUAUAAGACCAUCCAGAAGCUGCUGUUCAAGGACGAAGUCCGGAGUUUGGAAACUGGUACAUACAGAUACGACGCCUAUUUUUGCUUCAGUAGCAAAGACUUUGAAUGGGCACAGGAUGCUUUGCUCAAAUACCUGGAUGUUCAGUACAGUUCCCGAAACAGGCUCAGGCUGUGCUUUGAAGAAAGGGACUUCAUCCCAGGGGAAAACCAUAUCUCCAACAUCCAGGCGGCCGUCUGGGGCAGCAGGAAGAUAGUGUGUCUAGUGAGCAGGCACUUCCUCAAAGAUGGCUGGUGCCUGGAAGCCUUCAGGUACGCCCAGAGCCGGUGUCUCUCUGAACUCAAGACUGUACUCAUCGUGGUGGUGAUGGGGACCUUGUCACAGUAUCAGCUGAUGAGGCAUGAGCCUAUCAGGGGGUUUCUACAAAAGCGACAGUACUUAAGGUGGCCUGAGGACCUCCAGGAUGUUGGCUGGUUUCUCCAUAAGCUCUCUAGGCACAUACUAAAGGAAGAAAAGGAAAAGACGGGAAACAGCUCCAUUCAGUUACAAACCAUAACAACGAUUUUCUAGCGGAAGGAGCACUUUGCAAUUGCCACAAUUAACUGUCCACAGUCGCUUGUGCACAACCGCUUGGGGGUCCUUCCCAGGGGCUGAUAUCUGGCUAAGAAAACAGCAUCAGCCCCUUGAUUUUCAUGUCAACAGGGUGCUUUGUCUCACUGACCUCCAGAUGGAAACCUGCGGCUAGCUGCCUCUAAGGGUUCCCAUUCACCAUUGAUCUCCUUUCAGGCCCAACAACAUUGUCUCCUUCCAUCCUAUUGCACACUUACAGCCUCCUCGAUGGGAAGGGCACCUUAGGAGGAGUUACAGGCGGCUUCAUGCCCUCUGUGCCAUUCAGUUCAAGAACAGGCCACUCUGUAGAACAUGGACAGCAAAACGGGUCCUUCUGUGGCCAGUGCUGAGAGCGGCUCUCAGCCUACCUUAGUGAGGAGAAGCUGGAUGGAGGCAGCCCCCUUGCUGUAGCCAUAAUGAACUUACUUCCUACUAUGACCCUGUUUUUGUGGGCCACGGCCAUCUUUCACAUGAGACCUCUCGGCUCAUGCCCUUUCCCCUCUCUUCCCCACAUCUGUACAACAGCUGUCACAUCAGCUACGCAACAGCUGUAAAAAGGACAUGGAUUUCACACACUGGCUUCUUAUUGAGUUCUGAUUCUUCGCUUUCUUAGCUGUGUAACUCGAGUACGCUAUACCAUGGCUGGGCCUCAGUGCUUUCUCUCCUGUAGGCCUGACAAUACCUACCUCAUAAGCAUGCUGUGAACGGCCAUUGGCCAGAAGUGUCAUGGCUCUUGUGUCUUUUCCUUAACUGCCCUAGUGAGCAUAGGAGAAGAAACAUACUGAAAGCCCUGUAGACUCUGUAGUGAUUUCUUUGAAUUUGUAUUUUUCAAUCCUUAAAAAAAAACUGUAUA